AUGGCUACUGCUGCUGGUGCUGGUGCUCCGCCACCAAACUUCGCCAUUGAUCCCUUCGAUAGAAAAAAGUUGAAGUGGAUGCGAAAAGUUUGCUGCUGCGAAACUUACGACGUCGUCUGCGACAAGAUCGCACCAGCUACGCCUCGGAAUAAAACCUAUGCCGAGAUUGUGAACCUUCUCAAGGGAUUUUUCAACCCCCAGCCACUGGAAAUCAGCGAAAAUUUUCGAUUCAAGUGCCGCCGCCAAGGCGAUAAGGAUGCUGCUCCUCCCGACGAGACGGUCGACGAGUAUCUGGUGACAUUGCGGCGAAUAGCCUUUACGUGUAAUUUUGGUGCAUAUCUCGAAACGGCCCUGCGGAAUCACACAGGAAAACCAUGCGACAAAACCAAAGAGGAAACAUCCGGUGGCGAUGACGAUCGCGGAAGUGCACCAGUGCGGGAGGUUUGCAACGUAGAUGCAAGAUCCGGUAGUGCUCGUUUCCUGUUGAACGUACUAGUGAACGGGAAAAACAUUCGGUUCGAAUUGGACACUGGAUCGCCGAUCAUUAUCGUAAGCGCGAAAUGCAAAGACAGAUAUUUUUCCGGACUACGAUUGCGUGAUUGUAGCACAAAUAUCGUGAGCUACUGCGGAACCAGUAUCGAAGCACUGGGUAUAAUCGACACGCGGGUCGAAUACGGCGGUGAAAAAGUUACGUUACCGUUGUACGUUGUGCAAUCCGAAAAACAUCCACUUCUCGGGUGCGAGUGGUUAAACACGAUUCCGGUCGAUUGGAACACCGUGUUCCACAAUCGCGGCGCGAUAAGUGCGAUUUCGAAUGCUGCUCCCUCUUGUACGGCUGCUCUCAAGCAGAUACUGGAAAGAUUUCCGAAAGUGUUCGACGACUCCAUCGGGAAGAUCUGUAGUGUUCAAGUCAGCCUACCGUUGAAGAAGAAUGCCAGGGCGAUGUUUCUGAAGGCGAGGAAGAUUCCAUUCAAUCUACAGAAGACGGUGGAAGAUGAAUUAGACAAGCUUGAAGCAGAAGGUGUGCUAACGAAGGUAAACCAGAGUAACUGGGCUACUUCGAUCGUUCCAGUGAAGAAGUCCCAAGGCCGUGUGAGAAUUUGCGGGGACUAUAAACAAACGGUCAAUCCAAAUCUUCUCGUAGACCGCCAUCCACUCACUACCUACGGUGGAUGA